CUUUUUUUCAUUUCCAUCAUCCACUCACUUUUCAGUUUACACCAGUCUCUUUCUCCGUUGCUUUGGUUGAUUCCUUUCCCAUUUAAGUAACCCUUCUUUUUUCUCACCCAUCAUCCUAAAUUAUGGCCUCCACUCCCUUUGCUGCUUCCAUUGUUUCUGUUUUGCGCGAUCUGGAGUUGAUGCAGCUGAGGUAUUUUGAUAUAUAUCGUCCUUAUCCUUGGAAUUAUAACCCACUUCGAUACCUGAGAUGUGAGUUAAAGACGCUGAAUGCGUUUGUUGUUCUUUGUGCCAUUAAAGUGGUCAAGCAGGAUGCAAAUCUGGCAUCUUUAUUGCUAAGGAUUGAAGACACUGUAACCAAAUAUGCAGACUUAAUUCAUCGUCUUUGUCUUGGUCGACCUAAUGAUUUGUAUCAUGAUACGGCUCUUCAGUUCCUGAAUGACAUUAAACUCUUGAAGAAUGAAAUGGGUGAAUGGUACGCCUCUGUGAAGGAUUCACUUCUGCAACGAUUAAGCAUUUCUGUUCAACUUAUCACCACAGAUAAUAUCUCCACAAUCCUGAAUUCCAAUCUGGAGAUUCUGGAGAUUGUUUACAUCAGAGAUGUCAAGGAAGCCUUGAUAGAGCAGAUGAGAUUCUUGCAAACUCUAAUCUGCUUUGUGAAGAAACCCGGAAAUGAUUUGUUGGUUCACGUUACACUUGUGGCUAUCGCAAUACAUCUGAUUGUUGUUAAUCCUAGAGCACUUGAUGAUCUUGCUUUUCUUGAUGAGCUUGCGAGAGAAAGGCUUGAACCAUUUUUCUCAAGCGCAACCCCGGUUGAUUCCAAAGUCUGCGAGAUGUACACUCAAGCCCUGACCAACUCAAAGCCGUCGGCGAGAGAAUUGCUAGCUACCACUCAUGGACUGGAUAUGAAAGAUUCUUUCAUGACAAUGAAGAAUUUCCUUGACUCUCUCAUAUCUAGUCUGUGGGAGAUGCUUGGAAAGAAACCGUGUGUAAUUUUUACAAAGGAUCCUGUUCGAGAGUUCUAUGAAGGACUUAGAUCCUUGAGAAACAUUCUCAGGCAGAGGGACCAGCCAAACAACUUUGAGGCAGAGAUUAAGGCUAUGGUUUGUGACGCCGGAGUCUUAUUUUGCUUAUUGUACCAGAAGACUACAGAAGAACGCCUCGCACGUCUUCAGGAUUUGUUGGAAGCAAUCAACAAUUUUCGAGCAAAAGUUGGAGAGAGAGACCAUCAGCUACCACUACUAUCUAACUCUCCCAAGACGACUAGUCAUUUGGGUUUUGUCGAUCUUGUAUUAGAAAAACUUAUGGAUCUACCAACUGCCAGCAGUCAGUUUUUCCAAACCAUCCAUGAAGAACUUGUUUCCAUCAGAUCUUACUUAGGGGACAUUGUGAAGUUGCGAUGCCAAAAGAAGGAACUUCAAGCUCUCUGGGAUCGUGCUUUCGACAUGGUGUACAGGGUCGACGAUCUCAUUGACCACCUGCUAGUUGGUGAUCAUCCAGAUUCUUUUCCAAAAUCAGUUGAUUCCAUCAUAAAUGAAGUCAGGAAUAUCGAGCUAGAAAUCAAAAUCAAGAGACUCAAUUUUGAAGGGAAACUACAGGACUUCGAUGGUCAGCGAGCAACAACAAGGAGUCACAAGCCUUUGCCAUCCAAAACAACUAUCUCAACAGAAGGAAAUGAAGUUGUAGGUUUUGUUGAGGAUGCAACAUCAAUUAUGGAUCAACUCCUAGGAGGAUCAGCGCGUGUGCGAAUCAUAGCCAUCGUAGGUAUGCCAGGAUUAGGCAAAACUACCUUGGCUACAAAAAUUUUCCAUGAUAUUUCAGUUUCGUACUAUUUUCAUGUUCGUGCAUGGUGUGUUGUUUCUCAAGCUAUGAACAAGAAGAAACUGUUGUUUGAAAUUUUAAAUCAGAUUGAUCCUUGCAACGGAUGGUCUGUGCUCGAUGAACAAGAUUUAGAAGAAACUCUAUGGAAAAGGUUGAAAGGGAAAAAAUAUCUUAUACUUUUGGAUGAUGUAUGGGAUAGUGAAGCAUGGAGCAGCUUGAAAGGAUCAUUCCCAGACGAUAAUGUUGGAAGUAGAAUUCUUUUGACAAGCCGUCAUCAUGAUGUUGCUCCUUCUGAGAUGAUGAUCCAUGAAAAACCUCAUUUUCUUCAACCACUCAACAAAAUGGAGAGUUUUGAGUUGUUGCAAAAGAGGUUAGUACCUGGAAAUGAUGGUUGGACUCCUGUAUUAACUGAUCUAGCGAUGCAAAUUGCUGCAUAUUGUAAGGGCUUACCACUAACAAUAGUCCUUGUAGCUGGACUUAUGGCAACUAGAGAGGCAGAGUACUGGGAGAAAAUUCGCGAUGACUUGAACUCGGGCGCUACAUCUGUUACAGAGCACUGCAAAAACACAUUGGAGCUAAGUUAUGAAUAUUUACCAGAUCAUUUAAGGCCAUGUCUUCUCUAUUUUGGAUCGUUUUCAGAAGAUGAAGAGGUGUUAUCCCAGAGGUUGCUUUAUCUGUGGAUUGCAGAAGGGUUUAUCCGGAAAACUGAUGGAAAACGCCCAUUGGAUAUUGCUGAAGAUUACUUGAAUGGUUUAGUUGAAAGAAGCUUAAUCACAGUUGCUCGAAAAAGAUGGGAUGAUGGAGUCAAAGCUUGCCGCAUGCAUGACCUGCUUCGUGAUUUUUGCUUCCAGAAAGCCAGAGAGGAACACUUUCUCCAUGUCCUGAAGGGAUACGACGAGCUUUUAGCAUUUAAUGAGCCAUGCAACCUGCAAAGGCUAUGCAUUCACUCCGAGCCACAACAUUUUAAAGACUCAAAGUUGUUUUGUCCUCGUGCGCGAUCUUUGCUUUUCAAGUCUGAAAAGUUCCAAAGAAUGUCACUGAGGAUUUAUGGCUUCAAACUGCUGAGAGUGUUGGAUUUGGAGAAAAUUGUUCUAGAACAUGGGUUUCCAAAGGAAAUAGAACUACUUGUUCUGUUGGCAUUCCUCUCAAUUCAAUGCAACAUUGAUUUUAUCCCUUCAUCAAUAGCUAAGCUCUCAAACUUAGAAACGUUCAUCUUUUUUAACUCACAUCUAACCAAUCCAAUUUUCUUUCCCAAAACUCUCUGGAAUCUACAGAAAUUGAAGUAUGUUCACAUGACUUCGUAUGGAGGAGUUCUACCCAGUGAAGAUCUUGACAGCUCAACCGUUCUAUACGAGUUGGAUAGGUUUUAUGGAGCUGUGUUUCCUGAUAGUGGCAGCAUGCAGAUGCUAAUUAGAAAGUUUCCAAACAUCCGUUGGUUGAAGUGUCAAGUUUUUCAGGAUGUGGAUGAUCCAAAAGUUCUUGGCAAUAUUUCGUUCCACUUUUUAAGUCAACUAGAGAAACUGCAUCUGUCGACUCGUAGUCGAUCGCAUCCCACUACAUUUGAGUUGAGUUUGCCCACGCAUCUCAAAAAGCUGAAGCUGUGGAAUUUUGCUUUGACUCGGAGGAAUUUUUCAUCCAUUGGCAAACUGCCAAACCUUCAAUUCCUCAAAUUAACUAAUAUAGAUUUCGAAGGGGACACAUUUGAUAUGGGAGAAGGGGAAUUCCCCAAACUUAAGAGCUUGAAGUUUUACUGGCCUGUGAACCUUGUGAGCUGGAGUGCCUGUGAUGAUCAAUUUAACUGUCUUCAGGAAUUGAUAUUGUACGGGUGUGAAAAGUUGGAAGAGAUGCCUUCUUCUCUAGAAUCCAUUACGACGCUUGAAAUGAUUAAGGUCUAUGUUUAUGGCUCGCCAAAUGUUGUACAAAUGGUGAGACGAAUCAAAGAUGAACUGGCCGGCUGGGGAAAUUCAAAUCUCAAGCUCAUUAUUGAACAAGAUGGAAUUGCUUCUUCUCAACCUGUUCGGGGAAUCCCUUGGUCUUGUCUGCUACCUUGACUGGCCGGCCAGUGGCGAUCUUCUUGAGGUGUGCAAAAGGUAGGCUUAAACUAAUAUCCUGUUAGCUAUUUUUGUUUUGCCUCGGUUAAAUUUAAAUUCAGUUGUUGAUAACAGAGAAAAUUAGAGGGUUGGGCGACAAGAUUCUGUGCAAGUGAAGAGGGUCACAAAAACACAAGAAGGUUCAGUUCGUUGAUGAUGCAAUUGCCUCAAAAUUGAUUCCAGGACAAAGAUGAUGUGAUCCAGAAAAAUAAGUGGGCAACUUUGCUUUGGGGCUUCUGCGUUGGCCGCUGAAUACUAGCAGCAUUCUGCCUGUGAUUACUGCUCACUUUUGUUAUUAUAAACGGAGCAGUUUGCUUUUUAGGGACUUGGGAAAUUGUUUUAAAUAACCAAGCCUUUUAGGCAGCUUGAAUUUGAAGUACUUGGCAUUUUCUUAAUUCUCAUAGUUGAAGUUGUCGAAGGUGAUGCAUGACAGGUCUUUCACAUACCAGCAAAUUUUAUAUAGGUCUUUUCGAGAAACUGCAAACUCAUUCAGGAUUUGAUGAUAAUUGAGAACCCUACAGCAGCUAUGUUGUGGUUUCUUAAGGUUCAUUUUUCAUUCUCAUUCUGGUGGCCCCUCUCAUUUAAGAUGGAAUCAAAGCACUGAUCCCUCCCUCCCAAUUUGGCUGAGUUUGUUUGUUUCUUUCUUUUGUGGGAUGUAAAAGAAGAGCAGCAGAGUUAACGAACUACGUAUUUAGUUUGCUCGAGAGACCCUUGCUACUUGGUACAUUGGUUCAAGAAUAUGCAGAUAGCCCAUUUGCUGUGGUCAAUGAUCACUGAAGUUGCUGUAAAACUUUCAUGACUGCAGAUUCAUCAAGAUUGAAUUCUCGUACAUGAUUUACUUAGCAUGAUAUCACAGAUUGUACAUAUAAGUAGUUCUACCAAGCAUAUAAAUUUGCUAAUCAGGAG